AUGAGAUUUACUUCUGUCUUGCUCAGCUGUCUGUCUGCUGGGGCCCUCGCCGCGCCCGUGGCUGAUGACUCUGUUGUAAAGAGCCACGCGCUCAGCAACAGCUGGCAGAACGAGGGAAGCCUCCCCGAUGACACCCAGAUCCCUGUUCGCAUUGCCCUAAAGCAAAGCAACCUGGACAAGGGUAUGGACUAUCUUUUGACAGUGUCGGAUCCUGAAUCCCCCAAGUACGGUCAGCACUUUACGAAGCAGCAAGUCAUCGACCUCUUUGCCCCCGCGGACAGCACUGUUGAUGCAGUCAAGAAAUGGCUUGUCGGAUCGGGCGUCCCAGCUUCCGCCAUCACCACCUCCAAUAGCAAGGGAUUCCUCGACUUUGUCACCACGGCUGGCGAGCUGAACAAGCUGCUUCAGGGCAAUUACAAAGUCUUUAACCACGUCAACGGCAAGAGCUCUCAGAUCAUGUCAGAGAAUUACACCAUCCCCGGCGCAGUCUCUUCUCACAUUGACUUUAUUGCCCCCGCCCUGGGAUUACCCAGCAAAACAUCCAAAAGUCGCCGCUUUGCACCUGUCCCGUCGCCGGUCAAGCCGACUCCGCUCCCGCAGGAAAUAGUCCGGGAGCUCACGGCCGCGCCAAACGACACUAAUAGAUGCGCCGACUACGUCACCCCCAAGUGUAUCAAGGCCAUGUACAAUAUUCCCGACGGUAAACUGAGCAACCCUAGCAACCGCCUGGGCCUAUUCGAAUCCGACGAUGAGCUUUUCCAGCAAGGAGACUUGAGCACAUUCUUUGCUCUUUUUGCGGCUUAUAUUCCGGCUACAUUUACCCCCAAAGUCGAUCUCAUCAAUUUCGGUAACAGCAAACCCAAUGCGGCAAACGCUGAGGGUGAGGCUGCCCUCGACUUUGACGUAUCGUAUCCGGUCAUAUACCCGCAGAACAUUGAGCUGUUUCAAGCAAAAGGUAAUUUCAACUACUUUAAACGCACUUUUGGCAUUUUCAACCAGUUCCUGGACGGUGUGGAUGGCAGCUACUGCACCUUUUCGUCGCACAAUUACACUGGCGACGACCCUAGCAUCGACGGACCGCAGAGCACCCAGUGCGGCACUUUCAAGCCCACCAAUGUCAUUUCCUUCUCAUACGGCUGGGAUGAGGCGGAUUACCCUGCUGGUUAUCUCGAGGCAAGUAGUCUUACUCUUUGCUGUCACACUGUAAUCAUCUGCGGUGCCUAA